AUGUCCCGCGCGGAAGUCGACCUCCAGAACGCGGUCAAGAAGGCGUGCAACAACGACGAAGUGCCGCCGAAACGGAAGCACGUGCGGGCAUGUAUCGUCUACACCUGGGACCACAAGAACUCGCGGGCGUUCUGGAACGCCGUCAAGAUCCAGCCCCUCCAGCAGGAAGAAGUGCCCUUGUUUAAGGCAUUGAUCAUGAUCCACAAGGUGUUGCAGGAAGGCCACCCCAACACGUUGAAGGACGGCUACCGCAACCGAGACUUCAUCGCGCUGUUGGGCAAAGUGUUCCCCUCCCGCGGUACUCCCUACGGCCGCCUCAUUAGCCAGUACGAUAAGUUCAUCUUGCAGAAGCUUGAUUUCCAUCGGAACAACCCUGGCUUCAACGGGACGUUUGAGUACGAGGAGUACGUGUCGUUGCGAGCAGUCAAUGACCCUAACGAAGGUUACGAGCUGCUUUUGCAACUUAUGGACAUGCAAGACGCCAUUGCCGACUUGCAAAAGCUUAUCUUUGCCACCAUCCACCAGACGCUGAACAACUUGUGUAAGGUGUCGGCGUUGGUGCCGCUUAUCGCCGAGUCCUACGGGAUCUACAAGUUCUGCACGCUGAUGUUGCGGGCGAUGUAUCAGCAAUUGGGCGAGGACGAGUUGUUGCAAGCGUUGUUUGAGCGGUACGACUCGCAGUUCUUCGCCUUGCGUGAUUUCUACACUGACUGUCACUCAAUCAAGUUUUUGACGUCGCUUAUCCAAAUCCCUAAACUUCCUGGCAACCCUCCCAGUUUGAAGGUUACCGAUCUGGGCCAAGCCAUCGAACCGCCGGCCCCGGCACUCCCGCAAAGACAGGUAUCGGAAGCGAUGUCUGUGCCGCCGCCGCAAUCGCCGCCUCCCGAAGUGAACCAAUUGCACUCGCAACAAACCGGGUGGCUCAAUGCGCAAAUGGAAGAGCAGGAACGCAUCCAACAACAACUUGAAUUGCAACGUCAACAACAAUUGCAAGAGCAAUUGCGCCAACAACAAUUGUUUGAGGAACAACAGCGUCAACAACAAUUGCUUCUUCAGCAACAACAACACGCGCUUCAACAACAGCAAACGUCCAAUGCCAACCGUGUUUCCGAAUUGGAACACGACUUGUUGAUGUUCAAGAACCAAUACGAUAAUGACCAAAACUUAUUGCUGCAAUACGAUCUGCGGGUGAAGCUGUUGGAGACGGAAUUGCAAAACUUCAACAACAAUGCUACUCAGCAAUUGGCGAGCAAGGACGAACAAGUUAAGAACUUGGAAGAACAGAUUAACAACUGGACCAAGAAGUACGAAAAGUUGGCCAAGUUGUACUCGCAAUUGCGUGGUGAACACUUGAAUUUGUUAGAGAAGUUUAAGAAGAUCCAACAAAAGAUCAACCUGGCACAAGAACUGAUCCAGAAGAAGGAGAAGUAUGAGAAGGAUCUCAAGGCCAAGAACCUCGAAUUGGCCGACUUGAUCCGGGAACGUGACCGGGCCCGUCUCGACUUGGACCGUCUCAAGGGGGUCAAGGACCAGGAAAUCGAAAAGUUACAAGCUCAAAUUCGCGAGUUGCAGGCUCAGCACACCGAACUGGGCAAGUUGCAAUACACCCACUUGCGGUCGAUGGAACAGAAGCACAGUGACGAAAUCAGUGCUUUGAAGCGUCAAUUGAUGGACAAGGGGGACUACUCGGACUUGCAACAACAACUUAAAGAUAAAGAAGUUGAUCUUGAAAUUGCUCAAGAAUCGUUGGAUCUGGCGUUGAAACAAUUAGCUCUCGCCUCGGCGUCUAAGGGUGACGACGAUGAAAUUGUCAACGAACAGAUCGACCAGAUCAUCUUGCUGAACAUCGCCAAGAUCAAGCACUUGUUGGAUGUGUUCUUGAACAACAACAUCAAGCGGAUACAGGAAAUCAAGGCGGCGUUGAUUCUGGAGUUGCAAGCGGGUAACAUGAACACUCUGCCUGAGUUCUUGAUGUCGGUGAUUGAACUGUGUGCCAACACCAGUAACGACUUCAGCAACACUUUCAUUGACUUCAUCGUUGAAGACAAGGCAGUCUACGCUGAAAGUCAAGAUUCGAACCUGACUUACUCUCGGAUUAUUGUGGCUCUGUCGGAGCUUACUGAUCUUGCUCAAGGGGUCAUGCUCAAUGCUAAAGGGUUCGUGUCUAACCUGGUGCGGAAACUGGAGGAAGGUAAGGUUAUUGGUAUGGUGAAGGAUGUUCUUGACGAAUUAGAAAAGUUCUUCGCUGACCUUAACCUGGAGAAGCUUGAUAGCUUCGAAGAUGAAGACGACCGUUACGAAGUGGUGAUCGAAGGUAAUGUGCGCGUACAACAAGCGUUGCACACUUUGGGUGACUUCAUCGACGGCGCUUCGCUGGCGGGUAAGUUGAACAAGCUGGCGGACUUCGAACACUUGGUCGACAACGAAAUGGCCACCACUGCCAAGAAUGUUCAUGAUGCUCAAGCGUUCUUGCUUAAGUUGUUGCAAAUGCUGGCAGGCGAUGUCCACGAAGCCCUCAUUGCUGCUGCUAAGGCUAUCACUGAUGCAGUGGCGAUUUUGAUCACCUGUGCCACUGAAUCACAACGGGAAAUUGUGGCUAAGACUAAAGGUCAAUUAAACCCGGCCGAAUUCUACCGUAAGAACUCGAGAUGGACGGAAGGGCUCAUCUCGGCCUCGAAGGCAGUGGGUGGUGCUACCAACAUCUUGAUCACCACUGCUGACGGGGUAUUGAGAAACAAGAACUCUCACGAGGAGUUGAUUGUGGCCCUGAACGAAGUGGCGGCGCUGACGGCACAAUUGGUGGCGGCGUCGCGGGUCAAGGCCAACUUUACCUCAAAGACCCAAGACAACUUGGAGCUGGCGUCGUCGGGAGUGCUGUUCGCAUGUAAGCUGUUGGUGCUGAAGGUGCAACUGUUGUUACAGAAGAAGGAGGACGACUACGACAUCGACCUCGACAAGUUGACCACCAUGGAAGGUAAGAAGGUGGAGAUGGAACAACAGGUGGAGAUCUUGAAGCUUGAAAACAAGUUGGCGUCGGCGCGUAAGCGGUUGGGUGAGAUUCGCAGAUAUGGCUACCGUGACGACAACACCGAUGAUGAAGAUAAUUAG